UUUUUUUUCUAUCUUUCUUCUUUCUUUAUUACUUUUGAAAUAUGGUAGAAAGACGACCAGUACAAAAGCCAACAAGUCUUGGUUCUCGACAAGUUCAACUUACUCAACUGGAAAAGCGUUACUCAUCCACUUUUAAAAAAGUCAGUGACUCUUCCAAUGGAACAACUGUACGAUUGGCAAUGAAACCCACAGAUCCUGACUUUCCUUAUGAUCUGGAAUUACUACAAUUACAAAUGCUUAUUCCUACUGAUUAUCCUUCUCAACCUGCCAGUAUCAUUGUAAUGAAUUCAGAUAUCCCAAAAGGAUUUGCCAUAAAUUUGGAAAGAGGUUUUGAUACAUAUACAACCACGGCUAAUACCACUCUUGUACGACAACUAUCUUGGCUUGAUAGAAAUAUGGAACAACUUUUACAACAACAACCUGCUACAACUAUGCGAUUUGUGUCUCACUCAAAAAAAUCAAAGGAGAUGGUGGCACCUGCGUUACCAGACCAUAUUAUCAAUAAUGCCGCAGCAGGUACAACUUCAUCCCAAUUUCAACAAACGUCAUCCUAUACAUCAAAUGUAGAUACAUCAUAUAUUAAACCUUCUUCUCCUGUGAAACCUAUGAUUGACUUAAUUCCUACUGCUGUUUCCACUACUACUACUACUACUACUACUACUACUACUGCUGCUGCUGCUGCUGCUACUGCCACUACUGCCACUUCUUCUUAUUCUGAUGCUGAUUUGGCUGCCGCAUUUGGACGACGUUCAAGAGAAAUAGAUCAACUCAAAACUAGACUUGGAUCAUCCUUCCGAGCAUCCAAAUCUGAACGUACUCUUCUAUUUGUAUCAUUCCAUUUGACUGAUCCUGAUUUUACCCAUGACACUGUAUUUGAUGAUGGCAUUGUACGGCUUCGAUACCAUGUACCCUUGCAAUAUCCUCUUCUUCCAUGCUAUAUUGAUAUCGAUAACAAAAACAUUGGAAAAUCAACAUCAAGUCUGAUUACUCAAGCUUUUAGUCAAACGGAUACUAUUACACCUCUUUUACGACCGGUUAGGCCUCAACAAGUGCGACCUCAGCAAGCACGACUUCCAGUAGUGAAAUCAUCAUCAAGUCCUCAACAGAAAUCACUAUUUGUGGAUGAUCAGACAAGGAACAAAGUUAUUUUGGUGAACGAUCCUAGUUUGGCUAAACCUCCUGGUAUGACAAGUGAUGAUGAUAACAAAAACCAAUAUUCAUCUGAUUCAUCUACUGCGUCUGAUCAUGAAGAUUCUAAACAAGAAGAAGAAGAAGGAGAAGAAGCAUCCUCAUCAACAACAAACGGAUUUGAAAAUACAGUUGAUUUGGAAAAUAUACUUCCUGAAGCAAAUGAAACGAAUGAUAAGAAGAAUAUAAACAAGAAAGAACGAUGGACAACAUGUCAGACCUGUCAUUCCAUUAUUGGGGUCAAGUUUUUGUCAGAAUUGAUACAUGCUAAUGCUUCUUCGAUUGGAUUAUUACAACUAGCAGGAUGCACAGCAUUUGAUGUUUUGGGAUCUUCCUUUAUGGGUACGUGUGGAAAUUGUAUGGAUGAUAUGAAACAUAGUAUAAGAUUGGCACCACAUGAUCGACCUACAACACAAGCAUGCUACAACUGUCAUACCAAAUUGACAAUGGCACUGAACGAAUAUCGGUUUGUUAACAUUGGACAAGGUGGAGAAAGAUUGGUGGCAGAUGAAGCACAAGUAAUGAAACUCAAGAACAAGCGUAAACCCAAGGAUACAUUAUUAACAGUUGGACAAGCAUUACCAAAUGAAGGCACUUGUAGUCAUUAUCAAAAAUCCAAACGAUGGUUUCGAUUCUCAUGUUGUGGUAAACUCUAUGCAUGUGAUACAUGUCAUGAUAAGGAAGAAGAUCAUGUGUUUGAAAUGGCUAUUCGACAUGUUUGUGGUCUGUGCUCUAAGGAACAAAGUGCAGUGGGCAACAAACCUUGUAUUGGAUGUGGACAUGAAUUCGAUAAAGCGACUGGCAAAGGGGCAUUUUGGGAAGGUGGACAUGGAGUUCGAAAUCGUAAUUUGAUGAAUAGAAAUGAUCCUCAUAAACACAAGAAUCUCAACAAGACAGGAUCCAAGAAACAAGAUCGAGUUGGAUUAACAGGCAAAUUGAAUCGGGAAAAGGAAAAACAACGACAAAAUGAUAUAUAG